CUCAGGAGACACGCACUAUGCUGGAGAUUGUUUGAAGCCGCGAUGGGAGUUAACGCAUUCAAGUUUCUAGAGUUCUUGUUCUUACCAGCGUCGUUGCACUAAACAAAGACUUUGGGUUUCUGUUAUUUUUCUCUCUCUCUCUCUCUCUCUAAGGGGGGGUUGUCUGCAUUUCUGUCCUAGGCGUUUCUCGCACAGGAUGUUGAUGAUACUGGAAAGCCGGGUAAGAUCAUAAAGUCAGUUCUCGCUGAUGAGAACGACCUCCUCCUCUCCACCACUACACAAAGGGAACCACGGAACAAGUACUUUUUUUUUUCCUCUCACGGCAUCAUUUUAUUUUAUUUUUUUGAAUGUCAUUAAGAAGCAGAGGGGGCUCUUUCAAAGACAAAAUGGAUCACUUUGCAGCAGAGUGCCUUGUUUCAAUGUCCAGUCGUGCAAUUGUUCAUGCUCCUAAAGGGAACAGGGAGAUUAAACCAGAAAUCCCAUCCUCCUCCAAGAACGGAGAGGAAAUUAAGGAGCCUUUGGUGAAGGAUAACUCCUCUCUUUUUGUGGUGGCGCGGAUUCUGGCGGAUUUUAACCAGCAGACUCCCAACAGUGUUGCCGAGCAGGCAAAAAUAAAGGAUGAGAGCAUGCCGAACCUUAGAGAUGAUGGAAAAUCUGCCACACCUUCCACCAUCUCAGAUCCUUCGCUCAAACAAAGAGGCAAAAGACCGAGAGGUCGAACUGAGCAAGAACCACCUCAGAAAAAGCACAAAUGCCACUAUUCAGGUUGUGAAAAAGUUUAUGGCAAAUCAUCCCACCUCAAAGCCCAUCUAAGGACACACACAGGAGAAAGGCCUUUCCCAUGCACCUGGCCUGACUGCAUCAAGAAGUUCGCCCGCUCCGAUGAGCUGGCCCGCCACUACCGCACCCACACAGGGGAAAAGAAGUUCGGAUGCCCUCUUUGCGAAAAACGCUUCAUGCGGAGUGACCACCUGAUGAAGCAUGCCCGGCGCCACUCGGAUUUCCAGCCAGGAAUGCUGAAAAGACCCCACGGAGGCAGCACCACACGUCCCAGCUCCCUCAGCGACUACAGUCGCUCAGAUGCCUCCAGCCCCACGCUCAGCCCAGCCAACUCGCCUUAAACUGAAACCCGGUCGCACUUUUCUGCCUCCAGACUAUGAGGCCUGUGUUUUCAUCAUAACACUUUUGUUGCACAGUUGUCAGUUACCCUCCCCCUUUGCUAUUCCUGCGCUUGCUGUGGUGUACCAUAAUGUACAUAACUGCUUAUUGUAGUGCAAUUACUCGCGUGAUCCUAAAAGAAGGUAAUGCCUUUCUCAGAUGGCAAUAUCUGCAUUCAGAACCACAUGUCUGUAUUUUUAUUUUUUUUUUGGCUUCUGAUCAUGGCUAGUUGUUUAAUGUAUGGUCAUAGUCAGCUAAACAAGGUCUAGAAGAAGGGGGGGAAAAGACAGACACCCUGACAAAUCUUAUAAAUGUUCUUUUUUGGGUUUUUUUUUUUUUUUAAUUAUUAUUUCUGUUUGUUUUCUUUAUGAAAGGGUUAGGAGAAGGGGUACACACACACACACACCUCAGGAUUGAAGACAGUUGUGAUUUCUGUAAUACCACAGUACUUAACAGUACUCACAUUGACUGCACAAUAUACUCAUCACUUUAUUCUGAAAUUCAACAGGGGUUGAAUUUUAUGCCCUGCUCAGGGAUGGCCUUGUUAGCUUGAAAGAAUGAACAUGGUGAAGAGAAACAUACAGUACAUAUAUAGCAGCCUUACACUCAACACAAUUUGCACUCUUUGUUUUCUUUUCUUUUCUUUUUUUGGCUCUCAUAUUUGAGGAAACUAGCCCCACUGUCACAUGUGAAGCAUACCCAAACAUUUAUUUUCUCCCUAAUGUUUAGUGGGCUCAUAAUUUAAUGUGAUUGCUGUGUAUUAAUAGAACAAUCAGAAAAGCCCCCGCCUCAGAAAACAAAAUGCGUCUGUUUCUUUUCUGCAACGUUAAUAUUCAUUGACAUUACACUGGGUUAAAUAUGUACUGCAUGAAAUAGUUGUGUGCAGUGUAAACUGUGUGCAUCUGAACUGUGGAAAGAUUGGGUUAAGAUUUUUCGUUAUAUUAAUGAGUUUAAGAACUUUUCCAACCAUAGAGACAGUUAAGUUUCAAAGCAGCUGUUCAUUUCACACAAAACGGACACAAAGGGACCCAAGUUGAAACAAGGUUAAUCCAUCUCUCGAGCACAUCGGGAAAAGUACCAAAGACAAGAGUGAAUGAAAGCUUUUUAUUCAGUCCUGUAAGCCACCCUUCACUGAGGUCUCGAGCUGGUGGUCGGCAAUAUCACAGGUAGAGCCAGAUGCCGGCUCGCUUCCCUCCUCCUGGCUCUGCCUUUUGUGGCUUCCCUGGAGGAAACAGCUGCACCCAAAAGAAGCUAUUCACAACCUACAGGAAAGGUGCUUACAUGCCAUUCCCCAGAGAAUCCUUACUCAUCUGGCUCGACCUGUCCUGCCAAAAACUGGUAAAGCUCCAAGCCUGCUAAAUUGCAUAAGAUUGCCUAACUUGUGUGUCAAAUGUAGGCCACAGUGGUGGGCAGGCCUGAGCUGAGCUCUGCUGUGACAUUGCAUAGUACAGAGUGGAGAAAGCAGCUAUCUGCAGUAAACAGGCAAGAAAGGGCAGGCCCUGAUAAAAAAAAGGAGAGGUUUAUCAUGAGCUGAACAGCACAAAAGAGGAGACACCCAGUCGCAGACAACCCCCAUUUCCUUCUCUUUCCCCAACUCCCCUCCUCCCACCAACUGUAGAAACAGCCAACAGAAAAAUGGCUGUAAUUAGUGGGUUGAUCCAAACUAUAGGAUAAGAGUAAAAAAGUGUAUGAACAACUAGCAGUGUGGGUGGGAUGUAGCCAACUCCAUCCUAAGCACAGACAGAAACCUUGCUGCUGAAGAGGCAGAUUUCACAAUGCCAAGGUAGACACAGCUCCAAAAUUCACAUUGACAAAUCUGAGGUCUCAAACAGCUGCUUUCAAACUUCUUUCUCACAACAAGCGGGCUUUUAAACUGUUGUAAAAACAUCUGAACCAAAAUGAACAUAUCAGCAAAGUCCAGUGCUCACCAGCCUCACCUCGUCCUGCCUGUGAAGCUCAGUUGUCCCGUGAGAAAGCUGACUUGUGUUUCUAGACAGACAUGCCUCAAUAGGUCAGGCAAAAGGCACAGUAAACCUUCCACGGAAACAGGCAUGGCUAUCAAAACUGCUGCUGCGCCGCCAGUCUGUGUUAUGCCUACAUUUUUUUUUAAUGCUUCAGCACUACAGUUGGAAAUAUUGUCAAUCUUGUAGUUUGGUCCUGUCAAAUCCUUCCAGGCUGUUGUCAUCACGAAUUGCAUGUACUAGUUCAUCUUUUUGCCCCGCAGUCCUGUGCCCGACACUAUAUGCAUGUUAACUUUGCCUUGAAAGCGUGGAUCGUUUUUUUUUUUUUUUUUUGAGGCGGUCUGGCAGGUGGAAGUCCAUGAAUGGCAGACCUUGUCCCCCGUUCUCCACAGCAGCCAUCGCUCUUUAAAGUUGUGAUGAAUCAGCUCUGUCACAUUCUCGAGAAAGAAAACAUUCAUUAUUUCGAUCCAGUGCAGUAAUUUUCUCGAGACACCACGCGCAACAUGAUUUCUUUGCCAGAUGUUUAAAUGGUUUCCAAACUGCAAGAUGACACUUCGAAUGCCACUGAUCAGCAGCUCUGACAGAAGAAGUGAGAGGAUUUUACACUCAACAUUUCUAAAUGAAAAGAAAACGCAGAUUUUCACAAACCAAUUCUUGAAAUUGCUGUUGAACAGCUUUUCUGUGUCCAUUUUUUAUGCUAUAGUUUUGACCUGGUUUGCAGAGUAACUUUCUCUUGCAAAAAAAAAAAAAAAAAAUCUGAGUUGCUCACCCUCAAGUAGGUUUCAGUAAUCAGCUCUUAAUCCAUAAUCUGCACAUUUUCCUCAGGGUUGACAUCUGCUAAGCAGAUAUGGGACAGUUUGUGGAUUUUGUUGUAACAUCAGUUACCGCACAGAUAAGUCUGCCAGCCUCCUCUGGUGGUCCUGGGUGCUUAGUGUUCACUGCUGGUCAGUGUCCAACCACACUGGAAACACAGGAAUGCCUCAGCACAGGCUCGACUCCUUGCCUAUUAUGUCGUCAUAACCCUACAGUCCCGCUAGCAAGUACUCUGGAGUGAAAUGCCCCUUUAAACAUCUUUGACCCUUAAUGUGGGGGGACUACAUAAGGCAAAAAAGAAGCUCCUACCUUCUGAAUUAAAGCGACUGUACAGUGUAAUCUUCCCAGUAUAUCAAUCCAUCCAGACAGCACUGGUGACAUAAAGGCGUCCACAGGCAGUUUCUCAAAACUUUUCUUCUCACUGUACCAAAUGUACUUGAAUAAUUCAACAGAAAAGGCCAUUGAACACAGUUUUGUACAUGUCCAUUUUUACUGUACUUGUGUUUGUUGUCAAAUAAUUAUUAACCUCUCUGAAGAAAGAUGUAUAAUCUGUGCUUUCCUUUCCUUUUUUCUUUUUUGUUUUCCUAGAUUUUGCAUUGUCUUCGGGUCAUUUCAGCUUUUGAAUUUGGCUGUUUUUGCAGAGCAGUUCAAAGCACCGUUUAUGUUGAAAUCUGAAUUUUAGCUCCAUUAAUGGGGUUCAUCCCUUUAAUCAGGAACAAUUAAUACUUUGUUGAUGUCAGGAUGCAGGUUAUUCCAGUUAGCCUGUCAUCCAAAAAAGAAAAAAAAAAGAAAGAAAAUGAAAGUUUUGGGGUUGUUUGGGGUGAUUAUAAGUAAAGAAACUUAGUGACCUCUGUGUAUGUUGGUUUCAGAUUGUUGAGUGGUUUUUUUUUUUUUUUUUUGUUUAGAUUCCUUUCAGAGUUUCCCAUAAGAAUAGAGACCACCACAUUGUGAGUUAGCAAUGUAGUUUUUUUUUUUUGUUUUUUUUUUGUCUCAUAAAAUAUUUAAGCUUGUAUAUUUUUUAGAACUCAUACCUCUUGAAAUACUUUUGUUGUACUUCAAUAUCUUUUCCAAACAUCCAUCAUGUAGCUUGCAUUUUCUUGACCAGUAGCACAAAUAAUAGGUGGUUUCAUUUGUUCCUACUUGAAUGAAAAAGUAAAGACAGAGACUUUUUUUUUGUAAAAAAAAGAAAAAAAGAAAGAAAACUUUAAAAAAUAAACAAAACACUGGGCUACAUUUUAUAUAAUCAUUCCAUAAUGCCAAGUCCUGCACAUCCUUGUAGAUGCAAAAAGUAAUCUUUCCAAGGCAUUUAAGAGCUUAUUUUCUGUUACAAAAAUCCUUUAAACCUACUGAGCGCCACAAAGUUCUGGUUUAAAUUUUUGUUUAUAUAAUGGGCUGUCAUCUGUAAAUUACUAUGACACCUAAUUUUAGCAUUUUAAAUCCAAUUUACUGAUUGUUAUCCUGUUAAGAUUUCAAGACCCGUGAGAGCAUAAGGACUCGCAACUGCAACAAGAUACUAACUGUUUACCAGUUAACAUUUUCCUCUGAUUGUAAUAUAUAUAUGAAAGUGAAGUAAUUGUUGCCUGGUGUGUGAACAACUAACGAGUCUAUUUAAGGAGUUCAUUUUAACGACAUCAGUAUAUCUCACAGAACUCUUUGUCACUGAUCUCAAGCAUGAGCGAUGCAAUUGUGUGCCAAACUAUAAUGGUAACUUGAUAAAGAGGAUACAAAUGUUAAGGGUAAAAACAAACAAAACAACAACAACAAAAAAAUAGCUACUAUCAGACAUUAAACAAAUGUGUACAGUUUUAUAAGGUGUGACAUGUCUUUAUGUAAUGUACAGGAUUUAAUAAAGCGACGCUGCAUUGAUAUGCAAGUGUUCUAAGUUAAAUAUUUCUUUUCCGCUUUAUGUAAACAUUUUGAUUGUGUAGCUUUGUUUUUGUUUGGUUCUUAUUUAAUUUUUGUUUUCUUCUCUUGCUGUUCAGUACUCAAGAAGCAGUGUAUAAUGGCUUACUGCAGGUAUUGUUUUUUUUUUGGGGGGGGGGACAAAAACAGUCUUAAUGAAACAGAUGCCCAACCAUUCCAAAGGAUUGACGCAUUGCAUUUACUAUAAAUGUGCUGCUUGCAUCGACCCAAUACAUUUUUGUUGGUUAUGACUAGAACUCUGUCUCGACUGUGAGGUUUUACACAUUGUGAGUUGUGCACAAGGUACGUUUUCCAUUGUCCCAGAUCUAACCUCGCCUUUCUUCUUUUUUGGGCUCUUUGUGUAGGAAAUGUUUAAAAGAUGUUUAAAAGUUAAGGAUGAAUAGAGGAUGUCUGAGGCUUUUUUUUUUUUUUUUUUUUUUUAAAGUAGGGAUGAUUUUCAAGAAGCAGCCAUAAACGUAUAAAGUGGUUCUUGAUUGUUGUUACCAAAGGCUUUGAAGGAAAAGAUGAAUGUUGCAGUAAUUGUGAAUCCAACACCAUUUGUACUUCUGGGUUCAGUUUUACGUGCUGUAAUUGUCGAUCAGUGGAUGUUGUGCUUGAUAUGGACCUCCUCCUCAAGUAAGCAACUUUAUUCUGUUUUUUUUUUUUUUAUUGCUUUAAAAAAAAACUUGAAUGAAUCAAACCCAGUUUAUUCAUAAAAGUAAAAAUAAAUUCAGAAUUUAUAAGAGACAAAAAAAAAGUCUGGUAUGGUAUGAAAAAAACGCAGACCAUGUCGGUAUCCUUCACUGAUUGUGUGGCUUUUAUUCUAACAGCUGAUAAUUUUGCCCUUAAAAGAUUAGUCUGCUCGGGGUUAUACAGCUUGCAGUGCUGUCAAUGACCUCACUCUGAACACAAAGAGGGAGCCUCUCACCAGCCUUUUGGUUCUGUUUCCUGUACCUGUUUGUCUUCAGUGUACCUCCUCAGUGUAAUGUUGCUCUCUUGAUACCUCUGUGUGUUCCUCCUCUGCCCCUCACCAUCAGUUGCCUGUUGUAGUGACUCCAUGGUGCUGCUUCCCCUCUUAGCACCAGUAUAAUCUAUUCUGUAAAUAACUCUCGACUCAGCUAUGGCCAGUACAUUUUCCAAUGACCUCAUUUUAACCUUCAGGUGUCACUUUUUCUCCUCUCUCAGCAAACCAAAAUCACUACAUUCAAGUAUUACAGUUGUACAGUUCCUUGGAUUCUACACACAUCUAAUGUGCUGGUCUUAGCUGCUCUGCUGUAUCUUUUUAUGGCAUUAUUUUUUACAUGUUAGACGAUAUAUUGUGACCAUGUCCUAUGCAAAUAUGAAAAUUAACAGAUUGUUGAAUAAUGUAUGUUGUCAUAACUUGUAUGCAUGAAAUAGUGAAGUUUACAUUUGGAAAUAAAUUCAUAAAAUAAGCAGCCAUAA